CGGGUUAGAGAUAAAUCUCUAAUUGUACGCAGAGAGAGUCGCUUUGUUCAAUUUGCUAAUGGCACAAUUUGCGUUAACUACUUCAGCGACACUCUUACCCUGUAAUGGUGGAGCAAAACAAUGGCCUAAGCUAUUUCCUGGGUUCUCGAAAAGAUAUGGGACCGACUUCGCGUUGUUUACGAGUUUUAGGAAGAAAGGAGUUCGAUUUGUAACUUCGAGUGCCACAGGGAGGAGUGGAGGUGUUGCGGAGAUAUCUGAAGGUCAAACAGCUCCGCGGUCCUAUGUAUGGCCAGAUAAGAAGAAGCUAAGGGUGUGUAUACUAGGCGGUGGAUUUGGAGGCUUAUAUACUGCCUUGAGACUAGAAUCACUUGUGUGGCCUGAUGACAAAAAACCUCAGGUGCUUCUUGUCGACCAGUCUGAACGUUUUGUUUUUAAGCCAAUGUUAUAUGAGCUUCUAUCUGGAGAAGUAGAUGCAUGGGAAAUAGCUCCUCGUUUCUUGGAUUUGCUGGCGAGCACAAGUGUGCAGUUUUUCCAAGACAGGGUAAAAGUAUUACAUCCAGCUGAUCAUUUGGGAAUAAACGGGCCCUCUCAAUCUAAUUGUGGAGGAACCGUGCAUCUUGAAAGUGGCCUCCUUAUUGAAUAUGACUGGCUGGUUCUUGCUUUGGGAGCUGAAUCCAAACUUGAUGUUGUACCAGGAGCAUCAGAGUCUGCAUUCCCAUUCUCCACCCUGGAGGAUGCACAAAAGGUUGACAUUAAGUUAAGAAGAUUGGAGAGAAGGAACUUUGGUAAGUUCUCUCCAAUUCGCGUGGCUGUUGUUGGGUGUGGUUAUGCUGGAGUUGAAUUAGCAGCCACUGUAGCAGAGAGACUGCAGGACAGAGGGAUUGUGCAAGCAAUUAAUGUGGAAACUACAAUCUGCCCAACUGCCCAACCUGGAAAUAGGGAAGCUGCCUUGAAAGUUCUUUCAUCUAGGAAAGUUCAACUGCUAUUGGGUUAUUUUGUCCGCUGCAUUCAGAGAGUGGGCAAUGUGGAAGCUUCAGAAAUGCCAACAGGGAGUGGAUCCGUUUCAGGCAUUGCUGCAGAAGAUGCUCAUGAGAAAUAUAUAUUGGAACUUCAACCUGCUGAAAGGGGAUUGCAAAUUCAAUUCCUGGAGGCAGAUUUAGUAUUAUGGACCAUUGGAUCAAAACCUCUUCUUCCUGAGCUGGAACCCAGUGGCAAGCCUCAUGAGCUUCCCCUAAAUUCCCGGGGACAAGCAGAAACAGAUGAAACUCUUCGUGUUAAGGGCCACCCUCGCAUAUUUGCACUUGGCGACUCUGCUGCUUUAAGGGACUCAAAUGGAAGGCUUCUUCCAGCGACUGCACAGGUUGCAUUUCAGCAAGCAGACUUUGCUGGUUGGAAUCUGUGGGCAGCCAUCAAUGACCGUCCUCUUUUGCCAUUUAGGUUUCAGAAUUUAGGGGAGAUGAUGACUCUGGGGAGAAGUGAUGCUGCUAUUUCUCCAAGUUUUAUUGAGGGGCUAACCCUAGAAGGUCCUAUUGGUCAUACUGCGAGGAAAAUAGCAUACUUGAUUAGGUUACCUACAGAUCAGCAUAGGCUUAAAGUGGGGAUAAGCUGGCUUACAAAAUCUGCAAUAGAUUCAGUUGCAUCACUACAGAGCACCCUGACUAAGGUCCUCUCAGGUUCAUAGUUCCUCCAUUUUAUAGAACAUGGUUGACUAGCUCUUCUUGGUGCACAGCUUUCUUCUUCUUCUUCUUCUUAUUCUUUUUUUUUUUGAUAUUAUGGCAUAAAAUUCCAUUUUAUUUCGAAGAAAUGAGAUUCUUAUGACAAAAAUAUUACAAUAAUAAUUCUCUUAUAAUA